AUGCAGCAGAAUUCGAGAGGCGACACCGAAAAGAGCGGUAAGCGCCAAUCGAUCGGAAAGAGAAAGCUUCCUGAUCAAGGGGAGCCAUCGCAACCGCGCCAGACCGUCGCCGAGCUUCUCUCCGAACGAUACACUCCCGAGCCCCAGUCUCACAAACGAUCCCGCUUAUCUUCAUCUCCGCAUUUGCCUUCCCCAACGCUCCCGCAUAAGAUGUAUCCGAUUUCCGGCAGGAAUGGUCCUGUUGGUCGGGGUGUUGGCUCAGCUGGCUCCAUCAAACCAGUGAAUGCAAACGCCGGUCAAAACAACUUUACUCCAUACACUGGUGCAAGGAAGCUUGUUGUUAAGAAUCUUCGUGCUGGACCCCGGCUGGAUCAGGAAUCAUAUUUCGAUAAGGUCUGGUCACAGUUUGAUGCGGCUUUGGCGGCUAUCUUUGAUGGCAGGCAGCCUGAGAGUUCGCUUGAGGAACUAUAUAAAGGCGGAGAGAAUGUUUGUCGACAGGAUCGGGCAGCACAGUUGGCGAACAAGCUGCGGGAUCGGUGCAAAGAGUUUGUGGAUGGGAAAAUGCGGAAGAACCUGGUCACCAGGUCCAAGGGCAGCACUGAUGUCGAUACAUUACGAUCUGUAGUUGAGACAUGGUCCUCAUGGCACUCCAAACUGAUUACCGUUCGAUGGAUCUUCUACUACCUCGACCAGUCAUUCCUUCUGCACUCCAAGGAACACCCUGGGAUCCGCGAUCUGGGACUAAAGCAAUUCCGGGAAUACAUCUUCGCUGAUGUCAAUUUGAAGCCGAAGAUCCUGAAGGGCGCUUAUGACCUGAUUGAUGCUGAUCGACAGGGCGAUACCAAUGCAGCGUCCAACUCAACUCUGCUUAGGGAGGCCAUGGAUCUCUUCCACAAUCUGGAUGUCUACAACAGCGAUUUCGAGCCCCUGUUCUUGACCGAGUCUCAGAAGUUUACCGCGGCUUGGACCCUACAGCAAUCAUCUGGAUCUCUGCAAUCGUACGUCCAAAACGCCCACCGCUUGAUUGAGCGUGAGGUUGAGCGGUGCGGAUUGUUUGCCUUCAACAGGAGCACGAAGAUGAAGCUUUCCGAGCUUCUUGAUGAGACUCUGAUAACCCAGCAAAUCGAUCUCCUGACCAACCAGAAUGAUGUGCUUGAGUUAUUACGGGCAGACAAUAAGAGUGCAUUGAAGCAGCUCUACAGUCUACUGAGCCGGCGGGAUCUUGCCCUGGACUUGAAGUCUGCAUUCCAAAGUUACAUCAUUGAGGAGGGCGAAGGUAUUGUGUUUGAUCAAGAGAAGGAAACUGACAUGGUUGUCUAUCUGCUUCAAUUCAAGCAAAAAGUGGAUAGCAUCGUAGUUGAUUCCUUUGACUCCAAUGAAGGGCUCAGAAUCACUCUCCGCGAAGCCUUUGGUGCAUUCAUGAACCGUGGAAAGAAGAUGGAGUCCACGGGCGGCACCGACAAUCCCAAGUCUGGUGAAAUGAUUGCCAAAUACGUCGAUCGACUCCUAAAGGGUGGUUACAAGCUGCCUCCUGGUCGCAAGCCCGAGGAAACAAGUCUCAUCUCCGACGAUGCAGAGCUAGACCGACAGCUAGAUCAAGUGCUCGAUCUCUUCCGAUUUGUGCAUGGCAAGACGGUCUUUGAAGCAUUCUACAAGAAUGACCUUGCCCGCCGCCUCCUGAUGAAGCGAAGUGCAAGUAGUGAUGCGGAGAAGAGCAUGCUGGCUCGUUUGAAGAAUGAAUGCGGAUCGAACUUCACUCACAACCUCGAGUCGAUGUUCAAUGACAUUGACACCGCCGCCGAAGAAAUGACAGCCUUCAAGAACUCGCCAUCAGAAAUGUCGAAGAGACACUCUUUCGAAUUCGACGCCACUGUGCUGUCAGCCGCCGCAUGGCCAACAUACCCGGACACUCCCGUGCAUAUUCCAUCGAAUAUUGCACGUGCUGUUCAGCGAUUCGAAACAUUCUAUCAAACCAAGCACAAAGGCCGCGCUCUAGCCUGGAAGCAUCAAUUAGAUCAUUGCCAGCUGAAUGCCAACUUCGACGCCGACAGAAAGAACCUGGUAGUCAGUUCAUUCCAGGCAAUUGUGCUCCUCCUCUUCAACGAUGUCGCUGAAGGUGAGAGUCUCACAUACACGGAAAUUAAAACAGCGACCGGGCUAUCGGAUCCUGACUUAGUGCGAACCCUCCAAUCUCUGGCGUGCGCCAAGUACCGAAUCCUCAUCAAGACUCCCAAGGGCAAGGAGGUGAACAAAACCGACACCUUCAAGUACAAUGCCAAAUUCACCGAUAAGCAAAAGCGGAUCAAGAUCAACCAGAUCCAACUGAAGGAAACAAAAGAGGAGACCAAGACCACGCACGAGCGCAUUGCAGCCGAUCGGCAUUUCGAGACCCAGGCCGCCAUCGUGCGUAUCAUGAAGAGCCGCAAGGUCAUUAAUCACCCUGGGCUUGUCUCGGAGGUGAUCACCGCUACUAAACGACUGGGUGCUCUGCAGCCCGCGGAUAUUAAGACCAACAUUGAGAAGUUGAUUGAGAAAGAUUACAUUGAGCGUACCGAUGAUAAUCAGUACAGUUACGUGGCAUGA